GUAACCUUCUGUCCUUCAUAUUCCUUUAGGACUGACUUUCCCAGCUUACGACUUCUUCAGCUCCAUUACCCCGACCAAGAAACAAGAUCCAUUUCAGUUUGCUUGUCUCCUUAAUAAACGCUCCUUGUACCGCAUUUGGGUCCCUGAAUAUCUGUCAUAACACUAUGGAUGAAAAAUAUCACUUAAUUACUGAUGAGGAAGUAAAAGAUAUCAGAGAGGCACUGGAGAACAGCACCUUGGCUACAGCAGCUGAAAAGAUUCAAGACUAUUUUAACCAACUAGAUCACACUACUCUGAACAUUGCAAUCACUGGAGAGUCCGGUUCUGGGAAGUCCACCUUUGUUAAUGCUUUCCGAGGGAUUCGGAAUGAUGAUGAAAUUAACGGAGCCCCCACUGGUCCAGUGCAGACUACCAUGGAUGCUAAAUCUUACCCCCACCCAAAGCAUCCCACUGUCCAGCUGUGGGAUCUACCUGGAAUCGGAACCCCCAAAUUCAAGGCAGACACUUACCUUCAGGAUGUUAAAUUUGAACGCUAUGAUUUCUUCAUCAUCAUUGCAUCAGAGCGUUUCAGGUCCAAUGACGUACAGCUGGCCUUGGAGAUCCAGAAAAUGAAGAAGUGUUUCUAUUUUGUACGCUCCAAGAUUGAUAAUGACAUUAGUGCAGAAAAACAAAAGAAAACCUUUGACCGUGAUAAGACAUUAAAAACAAUCCGAGAUGACUGUAUGAAAGGUCUUAAGGAACAGGGCUUAACUUCUCCCACAGUCUUCCUGAUUUCCAGCUUUGAACUGGGAGGCUAUGACUUCCCUUUACUUGAAGAGACCAUGGCGAAGGAGCUUCCCAAGCACAAGAGGCAUGUCUUCCUGUUGUCUCUGCCCAAUACGACCCUAAAAAUCAUUGAGAAAAAGAAGGCAGCUUUGAUGGCAGACAUUUGGAAAACAGCCUUACUAUCAGGCGCAAUGGCUGCCAUACCCAUCCCAGGCCUAUCAGUUGCUGUUGAUGUGACUAUUUUGGUCAAAGAGAUCUCCAGAUAUUAUAAGGCAUUUUGCCUAGAUGACGAUUCUUUGAGAAAUCUUUCUGGCAGAACAGGGGUACCUUUUGAAGACCUGAAAUCGGUUCUCAAAUCUCCCCUUAUUAAUAAGGAGAUAACAGCUGAUGUGGUCAUUAACCUGCUGUUCAAGGCAGCUGGAGGUGGGUUAAUGCUUCUUGAGUACCUGGUGAGCAACAUUCCUGUUUUUGGAUCCUUGGCAGCUGGUGGGAUUUCCUUUGGGACCACCUACUACAUGUUAAAGACCUGCCUGAAUGAACUGGCUGAGGAUUCACAGCGUGUGCUGAUGAAGGCUUUUGGGACUUCAGUCUAA